GAACGGCGCGCGGCGGGGCCGUUCGUGGGCAGCGCGAGCCGAACCGGCACCGCACGCGGACGGAGCGCGGGCAGCGCAGCGGGACCGGCACGGGCGGAGCGGCCGCCAUGAGCUUCCUCAGCCUGCAGCGGGCGGCGCCGCCGCGGCGCGUCUCGGCCCGGCGGGCGGCGGCCCCGAUCCGGCAGAAGCUGCUGUUCCUGAGCGGCCACAGCGACUGCGAGGAGGAGGAGGAAGAGGAGGAGGAGGAAGGCUGCGGCAGCAGCAGCGCUAACAGCACCGGCGAGGACUCGGCGUUCCAGGAGGCGGACUCGCCGCUCUCGGCCGCGCGCACCCCGGCGCGGAGCGACCCGCCCCUGCUGGAGGAGGAGGAGGAGGAGGAGAUGGAGCCGGCGGCGGCGCCGCUGCCGGACGAGGGGGACUCGUGGGAGGAGGAAGGCUUCGGCUCCUCGCCGGUCAAGUCGCCCGGAGCCUAUUUCCUGCUCGACUCGCCCUCGCCGCUGGCCCCGCACAAGGGCCGGCGCUGCUGCGAGCGCUCCCCGCCGCACCCGGCGGCCGGCGGGUACCGAGGGGCGCGGGGCGAGGAGCCCGGCUCGCCGCUGCCCGACUACCCGGGCACGCCGCCGCACAAGACCCUGCGGAAGCUGCGCCUGUUCGACACGCCGCACACGCCCAAGAGUUUGCUUUCUAAAGCACAAGGUUUAGGCUCCAGCUCAGUCAAACUUCGAGGGGGCUCACUGUUUAUGAAUGUUGGGAAAUCAGAGAAGCAAGAAGAUGAUUUUAGACAAACACCUCAUGUGAACAUCAAUCCCUUCACUCCUGACUCCAUGUUCCUUCACAACUCUGAUGGCAAAUGUCGGAGGAGGAAGAGGAUACACUGGAAUGACUCUUGUGGGGAGGACAUGGAACCAAGUGAUGGAGAGCCUGAAGAGGAAGCCAUGAGACCUGCUAAGAGGAUAACAAUAACAGAAAGUAACAUGAAGUCACGGUAUGCGACCGAAUUCCAUGAAUUGGAGAAGAUUGGGUCUGGUGAAUUUGGCUCUGUGUUUAAGUGUGUGAAGAGGCUGGAUGGCUGCAUCUAUGCAAUAAAACGAUCCAAGAAACCCCUGGCUGGCUCAGUGGACGAGCAGAAUGCUUUAAGAGAGGUCUAUGCACAUGCAGUUCUGGGACAGCAUUCCCAUGUAGUGAGGUACUACUCUGCAUGGGCAGAAGAUGAUCACAUGCUUAUACAGAAUGAAUAUUGCAAUGGUGGCAGUUUAGCAGAUGCCAUAAGUGAAAAUUACAGGAAUAUGCGUUACUUUACUGAACCAGAACUGAAGGACUUGCUGCUUCAAGUGGCUCGAGGUUUAAAGUACAUUCAUUCCAUGUCCCUGGUACACAUGGAUAUCAAACCUAGUAACAUUUUCAUAUCUAGAACAUCAGUCCCAAGUAUAACUCUAGAGGAAGGUGAUGAUGAUGACUGGUCAUCUGAUAGAGUCAUAUUUAAAAUAGGUGACCUGGGCCACGUAACUCGAGUCUCUAGUCCUCAAGUGGAAGAAGGUGACAGCCGUUUCCUUGCAAAUGAAGUCCUACAAGAGAACUACACUCACCUGCCAAAAGCGGAUAUUUUUGCUCUCGCUCUGACUGUUGUCUGUGCUGCUGGUGCUGAACCUCUUCCAACCAAUGGGGACCAGUGGCAUGAAAUCCGGCAAGGAAAGCUGCCCAGACUGCCACAAGUGCUUUCUCAAGAAUUACUAGACUUACUAAAAGUUAUGAUUAAUCCUGAUCCAGAGAAAAGGCCUUCAGCUGUGGCACUAGUGAAGCAUUCAGUGCUUCUCUCUGCCGCAAAAAAGAGCGCGGAGCAGCUCCGGAUAGAGCUGAACGCUGAAAAAUUCAAGAACUCCCUCUUGCAAAAGGAGCUGAAGAAGGCGCAGCUGGCCAAGGCGGCGGCCGAGGAGCGCGCGCUGUUCACGGACAGGAUGGCCACGCGCUCCACGACGCAGAGCCGCCCGUCGCGCCUCAUCGGCAAGAAGAUGAACCGCUCCCUGAGCCUCACCAUCUACUGAGCACGGGGCAGGCAGCUCCUCUGCCCCGCCACAGCUGGGCAACUGAGGGAGCCUUCAGCUCCUGCUCCUUGUCCCCUAGUCAGCACCACCAGUUUGACAGCCAUCGCUUCUGGUUUUCACUUGUACCCUAUGGCUGGUUCUGCAUUCACCAUUGGGGUUGGUGGACUCGGUUACUCUCCUGUCUGUAGAGGAUCCUGGAUGUUACUCCAUACGCCUUCGGUUACACUGUUAGAUGUUACGUUGUCCCAGGGUUAACCACUAUAGUGGUGUGCUGCUUUGUAGUGUUACAGCAUUGUAAUAAGAAGCAAUAUCCCUAAUCUUUUAAGAAGGAGGGAGGGGGCCUUACUUUGAUAGUUAAUUUUUUUUUUUUUUGGAGCAGAGGGGAAUAAAUUUUAAAAGACAGGCUUUAAGGCCACCUACAGUCAAUGUACCUGAUGUCAGGUAGACUUUUGUUGUGAAUUUUAUUUGUGUAUUCAACUGGGAGCACUUUGUAGGCAUUGCAUAAACCACAGCUUAGGAACCUGUGGAAUUAAGUGCCAUGUGGAACUGCUGCUAUUUUUAGUUCAAUGUCCUUGCUGUAAACUGUAGCAUUAAAACAAUCAUUCUUGUGUUAAUAGGCUUCUUGUUCAAGCAAUUACGUGAAACAAAUGUAAGCUGCAUUUUAGUGAAGGCAGCAUUUUUCUCUCAAAGCUAGUGCAUUGUGAAAAAAUGCACCAAUUUAAUAUUUGGACUCUAUAUUAGUGUAGUGCAAUUGUUAAUGUCUUGGCUAUUGAUGUUUUGUUCUACUUUCUAAUAAGGUUCUCUGAAUGUUCAUAUUUUCUUCAGUUGCCCAUUCUUGAGGCUAUUGUAUGUUUGGUUUUUUUAUGUUGGAAUACUUGUAAAUAGUUGUUUAGUGUGUUCAGGUUGUUUUUCAUUGUUUAUGUACAUAAGUUUGAUCAUGCUUAUAGUGUACUAUACAGAAACUGCAGUCUGGGAUGCCAGCAGACACAGCUUAACUAUUCAGUCUGAAGUUCCAAUAUGUGGAACAGAAUGUGGCCAUGGAACCAAUGCUGAUGUUGAACCUAGGCUGACAGAAGAACUGUUCUGAUUACUGGCUUGUCUCUUCAUUCAUUUUACUUAAAACAAUGUUUCCCUUUUGUGCUCUAUUUGUUCUUACUAGUGUUGAAUUUGAAUAUUAAAGUUAAAAGUUCUGUUUGUUUAA